AUCACACUGAUAGAUAGAUAAACCUCUUCAAACCCCCCAAACAAGAGAGAACACACUCCUGCUUCUUCUUCUUCUUCUUCUUCUUCUUUCCGUCGAAGAAGAAGAAAGACGUUCGAUUGCGUGUGCCAAUUUUUCCAUCCAGUUCUACUUCUCACAAUGCUGCGGACACAAUCCCGACGGAUGAUUUCCUCGAAUUUGCAUUGAUUUUGUCUCUCGAGCUUUUCAGCUGUUUUCGCCUUUGGAUUCUCUCAUGGAGGCUGCAGUUCCAUGUAAGCCGAAUCCUCUUAUCUUUUUCUCAACGCCAUUGAAGCACAUACCAAAAAAUCAUGGCUUUCUUCGGUAUCCGGUGAAGCAUGGACGGGGAAUUUCCCGGAGAAGACCCGUUUUCUGGGUCUAUGCGUCUGAGAGUCCAAGUGGGUCGUCUGAGGAUGGUGGUGAGUUUUCAUGGGUGAAGUUGACUCGGUCUCUUCGGGUCGGGGCGGAGCGAUUCCGACAGAAACUCGGAGACUCGGUGAAGAAGGAAAUUGGGUUUGGCUCAGAAGAGGCAAGUACGAAGGCGAAUCAGUUCUCCGAUCGAGUUAAAGAUGGUGCUAAGAAGGGUCAGGACGAGUUGAAUCGGUUUAGGACUGAGGUAGUGCCCGGGUUUGUUGAUUGGAACAAGUGGGAAUGCUGGAAGGACAUCAGGAACUGGGACGUUAAACGUGUUGCUGCCCUGUUCAUAUAUGCUUUUGCAUUGGUAUUUUCUUGUCAAAGAGUUUAUAUUGCGAUCCAAGCUCCCCGGUUAGAGCAGGAAAGAAGAGAGUUAACUGAAGCAUUUAUGGAGACUUUGAUCCCUGAGCCAUCUCCAGACAACAUAGAAAGAUUUAAGAAAGGUAUCUGGAGGAAGACAACACCUAAAGGCUUGAAACUGAGAAGAUUCAUCGAAGGGCCUGAUGGAACGUUUGUCCAUGAUAGUUCUUAUGUUGGAGAAAGAGCAUGGGAUGAGGAAACAGAAGCUACAGAGGGAUCCAUCAAACAAAUAAUUGAUAGCAGUGAUAGGCUUAAGGCCGAGGCAAAGAAAAAACUUACCCAAGAUCUGGGUAUCUCUGGUGAAAUUCAGGAAAGUGUAGGAACAUGGCGUGAAAGGCUUGCAAUUUGGAAGGAAAUGCUGGAAAAAGAGAAGUUAUCAGAGCAGUUAAACUCCUUAAAGGCAAAGUAUGUUGUUGAAUUUGACAUGAAAGAGGUAGAGAAUAGUCUUCGAAAAGAUGUUCUUGAGAAGACAUCAGAAACAGAAGGAACUAGAGCUCUUUGGAUAUCGAAGAGGUGGUGGCGAUAUCGUCCUAAACUUCCUUAUACUUACUUUCUUCAGAAGCUUGAUUCUUCUGAGGUUGCAGCUGUUGUUUUCACUGAAGACCUGAAGAGACUGUAUGUAACGAUGAAAGAAGGUUUCCCUUUGGAAUAUGUUGUUGACAUUCCCUUAGAUCCAUACUUGUUUGAGAUGAUUUCAAACUCAGGAGUUGAGGUGGAUCUCCUUCAGAAAAAGCAGAUCCAUUAUGUCAUGAAAGUGGUCAUCGCACUUCUACCCGGCAUACUGAUCUUAUGGUUUAUAAGAGAAUCCGCCAUGCUUCUCCUUAUCACAUCAAAACGUUUUCUCUAUAAGAAGUACAAUCAGCUGUUUGAUAUGGCUUAUGCUGAAAACUUUAUGCUGCCAGUUGGAGAUGUCGGCGAGACAAAAUCAAUGUAUAAGGAAGUGGUAUUAGGGGGUGAUGUCUGGGAUCUUCUCGAUGAGGUGAUGAUCUACAUGAGAAACCCAAUGCAGUACUAUGAAAGAGAUGUGAAGUUUGUCAGGGGUGUGCUUCUUUCUGGACCUCCCGGGACAGGGAAAACUCUUUUUGCUCGAACACUUGCAAAGGAAAGUGGUUUGCCCUUUGUCUUUGCUUCUGGUGCAGAGUUCACAGACAGUGAAAAAAGUGGUGCUGCAAGGAUCAAUGAGAUGUUUUCGGUUGCAAGAAGAAAUGCACCUGCUUUUGUAUUCGUGGAUGAAAUAGAUGCUAUUGCUGGUAGGCAUGCGAGGAAAGAUCCACGAAGAAGAGCAACUUUUGAGGCGUUAAUCACACAGCUUGAUGGGGAGAAGGAAAAGACUGGUGUUGACCGCUUUUCUUUGAGGCAAGCUGUGAUAUUUAUAUGUGCAACCAAUAGACCUGAUGAACUGGACCUUGAGUUUGUCCGUCCUGGACGUAUCGACCGUCGUUUGUACAUCGGUUUGCCUGAUGCAAAGCAAAGGGUGCAAAUAUUUGGAGUUCAUAGUGCUGGAAAGCAACUUGCAGAUGAUGUAGACUUUGCAAAGCUUGUCUUCCGCACAGUUGGCUUUUCUGGAGCAGAUAUUCGGAAUCUUGUUAACGAAGCAGCGAUUAUGUCGGUAAGGAAGGGUCAUUCGAAGAUAUAUCAGCAAGACAUUGUUGCUGUGUUAGAUAAACAAUUGCUAGAGGGUAUGGGUGUGCUUCUUACAGAGGAAGAGCAACAGAAAUGUGAACAAAGUGUGUCUUACGAAAAGAAAAGACUUCUGGCAGUUCAUGAGGCCGGCCAUAUAGUGUUGGCUCACUUGUUUCCCCGAUUUGACUGGCAUGCGUUUUCUCAGCUCCUUCCCGGUGGAAAAGAAACUGCGAUAUCUGUCUUCUAUCCACGUGAAGACAUGGUAGACCAAGGUUAUACCACAUUUGGCUACAUGAAGAUGCAAAUGGUGGUAGCCCAUGGAGGGCGUUGUGCUGAACGAGUGGUUUUUGGCGAUGAUGUCACUGAUGGAGGAAAAGAUGACCUUGAGAAGAUAACCAAGAUUGGUAGAGAGAUGGUGAUUAGCCCCCAAAAUGCAAGAUUAGGUCUCACACAACUGACGAAGAAGCUUGGACUGGUGAAUCGACCUGAUAACCCAGAUGGCGAGCUGAUGAAAUUCAGGUGGGAUGAUCCUCAUGUGAUUCCAGCAGAUAUGUCGAUUGAAGUAUCUGAGUUAUUCACCCGCGAGUUGACAAGGUAUAUCGAGGAGACAGAAGAACUCGCGGUGAAUGCUCUGAGAGCAAACAGGCACAUACUCGACUUGAUCGCGGGAGAAUUACUCGAGAAAUCGAGGAUAACCGGAUUGGAAGUUGAGGAGAAAAUGAAGGGUCUUUCUCCUGUGAUGUUUGAGGAUUUCGUGAAGCCGUUCCAGAUAAAUCCCGACGAGGGGGAACCUUUGCCUCACAAGGAUCGGGUGAGGUAUCAGCCACUUGAUUUACGUCCUGCCCCUCUUCACAGAGGCUAGAAGAAGCGUCUUGUUCUUUGCCUGACUGCCCCAAACGUUUUCAGCAUUGUCAGAGUCUUGCUUUCAAUCGAAGAAGAGAAUUCACCUUAAAAGCUCGAAACUUUGUGCCGAGCAAUGGCCAUGGAGGAAUCAUCUGCAGUUGCAAAUUCAGGACCUUGUCGUGCAUUAGGAUCGAUCCUCUAUAUGUUCUUACUCUGUCUGCAUCAUAUUAACUCUGUUUUGUUGUCCGUUGGUAAGAACUUUGAAUCUGUUCUGUUGUAUUAUUAAAUUACAAAAUUUAGAUAUUUGUUUGACAUAGA